GGGAGAGGGGCGACGCCUGCCGCCCCGCGCGGGCGCGGGGGAUUCAGUGGGGCACCGGCUCUUCUCGAACGGUCGAGGUGGAGGUCGAUGCCACGGUCAUUUGCAAGUGGAAAGCCGAGGAGAACGCCGAGCUGACGCAUUCAUAUUACUGUUACAUUGGCAUUCGCCAGCGAGGUAGCACGUCCCACUUCGCCAUGAUGCCGCUGGGCGUGAGCAAAUCUCAGAGGAGGGGCAUUGGAGACACCGGCGGAGGCCGCGUGGCCCCCGAAUCGUCCGAGGCGUAUCACGCUUUCUGCAAGGAGAUCCUUGGCGACCGCAAGUACAAUCUGCUGCUCAUGACAGACGGCGCGGGCUGCUACAAGUGCCGCUGCUCGGAUUGCGUCGUGCGGUUUGAGGAGCACCACAGCGCGAACCACUCCAGGAAGCCGAAGGCCGAGUUUUCCCGGCCCAUCCCCGCGGUCGUCGCCGACGUCGACACGGGCCACACGAGGGGAUCUAUGGCUGGCACGAUGACGAUCGACAAAGAAUGGGAUCUUCUCAAGGAGCCUUUGCCACGGAACCUGACUGCCCGCACUGUGGAGGACGUCGAUAGGACGGACGGCUACGUGAGGUCUCAGCAAUGGCGGCGCUUGGUCGGCAACGACGAUCGAUGGUCGGCUUUUCUCGACGCAGCCAGGGAGUGGGCGAAAUGCGCCGAUUCCAGAGCGAAGCUCAAGCUGGGUCUGGCAACGGGGAAAGCGGGCAAGUUGGCUCUGGCAGCGGGGAAGCGCUUGGCCGCCGAAGCCAACCCAGCAGAUCCCUGGCACGCGGGCGCCCUGUGGGGCGAUCGGUAUCUUGAGCGCCAGGGCAGCGCUCCCGUGUGCGGCCGGCAUGCCUUGAACAAUUUGUUGGGGGCGCCGCAGUUCUCGGACGGCGACUUGGAGGCAUUCACGAGCAGCGACGACAUGUUGGGGGCGCUGGUGAACCAUAACAACGUCCAUUGGUCGGCUAUCCAGGCCUGGUGGCGGAUUCUCAAGCACAACGACCGCGUGUGGCACGUAGACAGCCUCCGUGAACCCGCCAUUCUAGACGAGGCAGCCUUCGGCAGGGCGCUCCGGAGGCAUCCGAUGGCGUUUCCCAUCGUGACCAAUUCAUACCAGGAGUGAACGCACCUUUUGUGAUCAUACUUUCGGUGUCGUUGCGUGCACGACGAGCGCGCGGCGGUUUUCGAGCCAUUCUCUCUGGUGCCCCUUUUCGGCUACAUUGGCCUGGUGACUCGCCGUUGGAGCGAACAGUG